AUGUCGAUCGUCACGGUCCCUCCUGGUGUAGUGUGCACUGCCGAGGAAUACGCGCUCUCCCUCAAGUCGGCCGAGAAUCCGUAUCCGCCGAUCACCUGUUUGACCCGCGGGCAGAGCUUCGGCGUCGUGCUGAUCGUCGAAGCGGCCUCGGUGUCUAUGUUGGCGGUGGUGUCGAUCUUCGCGCUUAUCAUUAGAAACUAUCGUCGACAUUUAGUAAACGAUCCUACAGGAAACUGGCGGCUGCUUAAGCAGCCGAUGGAUAUUCUCAUGCUAUCAUUGCUGUGCUCUGAUUUGUUGCAAGCCGCGCCAUUGGUCUUGGCCAUCAAAUGGAUCCACGAAGGAAAGCUAUACACAGGGAAUUUCUGUACAUCGCAAGGUGCCAUAUCGCAAAUUGGCGAGACUGGGGUGGCGAUUGCGACGUUCGUCAUUGCAGUACACACAUUUGUUGCUGUUAUGUGGCGAAAAGGCACUCAUUCGCGUCUCUGGGCUUUCAUCGUCGUGGGAUGUAUCUGGGCCUUUGUGAUCAUCUUUGUCGGCAUCAAUGUCGGCAUCCACAAGCGCAAUGGCGAUCUUUAUGACACGCCGACGCCGUUCUGGUGCUGGAUUGGUGGCAAGUUUUUGGACGACCGCAUCGCGGGGGAAUAUCUCUGGUUGUGGCUGGCUCUGGUCACUUCGGCACUCGUCUACAUACCGCUCUCGCUGUGGAGCAGGGGCAACCUGUCGGUCGACCCCAAAAUAUGGUGGAAGUUCCGGUUGCACAGAAAGGUUCGAGUGGAGGACUCGGAUGGUUCACAACGUCGCGCCAUGGCCAUGCUUGCAUACCCACUCGUGUAUGCCAUUAUCGUGGGGCCGACAUCCGUCAUUCGCUGGAUCAACUUCGGGCUGGAGACACGGGGCAAGGACACGCCAACCUCUCUCUCCUUCCUUGCCAGCGUACUCUUCAGCCUUUCCGGUGCAUUGAACGUCACCCUGCUUUUGACCACGCGUCCGGAGCUCCUCCUCCUGCACAAGCCGCAAAAAACAAAUCGCGCAACAGACGCAAGCGCGUCAUCCGGAGCCUCGCAUUCUCGGCCCACUUUGGGCCUUACACAGAGGAGUUUGAGAAGCAUGAUCGGGAAGAGCAAAAUGCCAGAUCGGAUGAAGUUAGGUCAGCUGGAGGAGGAUUCGACUGUGGGAUGGGAUGUGCCAUUGGGAACGAGGUCGAGUGUAGUGUCGUUGCCUGAUUCCAGCGUCAUCGAUGCAUGA